AUGUCCCUGCUGUGUGUGGGAGUGAAGAAAGCCAAGCUGGAUGGAGCCCAAGAAAAGUUCAACACCUACGUGACUCUGAAGGUACAAAAUGUGAAAAGCACCACCAUCGCCGUCAGGGGCAGCUUGCCCAGCUGGGAGCAAGACUUCAUGUUCGAAAUAAACCGAUUGGACCUGGGCCUGACAGUAGAAGUGUGGAACAAAGGGUUGAUCUGGGACACCAUGGUGGGCACCGUGUGGAUACCCCUCCGUAGCAUCCGCCAGUCAAAUGAGGAAGGACCCGGGGAGUGGCUCACCCUGGACUCUCAGGUUAUCAUGGCUGACAACGAGAUCUGCGGCACCAAAGACCCCACACUCCACCUGGUGUUACUCGACACACGCUUUGAACUGCCCCUCGAUAUCCCCGAGGAUGAGGCACGCUACUGGGCCAAAAAACUGGAGCAAAUCAACGCAAUGCGGGACCAAGAUUACUCAUACCAGGAAGAACAGGAACGCCCACUUCCUGUCCCGGGGACACAGUGCUGUAACUGGAGUCUAUGGGGAGACCAACAAAAUGAGGACCCAGACAGCGCUGUGGACGACAGGGACAGUGACUACCGCAGUGAGACCAGCAAUAGUAUCCCACCACCCUACUACACCACCUCCCAGCCCAAUGCCUCUGUCCACCAAUAUCCCAUCAACCACCAGCACCGGAAUUCCAGAGGCUCCUCCUACCCUCGCUCGGCCAAUGGUCAUGACCUCGACUACCACAAUCAGAGGACUGUCAGUCCAACGGGGAGCUAUGCGUCGUCUGCAGAGUUAAGUCGGUGCAGCAGCCAACUGAGUGAGGAGGACUAUGGUGGCGAGUACGGAGAGAGAGACCCUUACGACGAGAAUGACUCCUACCACUCCUGCCACUCCUCGGUCAGCUAUAGCAAAGGCUCUCCCGACUGGGACCCCGAUGAGACCCAGGGGGCAUACAGUGAUGAGGGGGGCUACAGCAAGGAUGGGGGAGAGGAGGGAGCCCUGUAUGAGGAGGAGGAUGGGGGGCUGUACGAGGGGGAGGAAGAAGGCCUUUAUGAGAAUGAGGAGAAGAUGUAUGAUGAUGAGGACCUGUACAAUCUGGAUGGUACGCUCAGUGAGGACAUAGAGCCCCCCUAUACCCCCACCCCAACGUCCACUGCCGCCCCAACUUUGGAUGUGCCCAUCUCUAGACCUCCCCUGGAGAAACAGCCCUCUAUCCACCAACAGCAGCCCCCCAACCAGACACAGAACCAAACCCCCAACCAGGCUCAUCCUCCGGGUGUGGCCAAAACUGCACAGCCGCCAGCCCCAGGUCAACAAACUGCCCAGCCUGCUAAACCUACCCAACCCCAACCUCAACCACAACCCCAACCAGCCCCGUCUGCUACCUCCUUCUUCUCCAUGGCUAAACCACUUACAGCAGCAGUCACAGGCUUGGCCUCCACCUUCCUGUCCUCUGUGCCCACCGCCCAGCCAGCUCAGCCUCAUCCCCCGGCCCAGCCGACACAAUCCCAGUCUGUUGCCUCCUCCAAUGUCCCUCCAUCCCACCCAGCCACCGUUACCACCUCCACAUCCCAGGCCUCUUCCACCAUGGGCCCUCAUUCUCAAGCCACCCCGCCAGCUGCCCUGCCACAGGUCCAGCCUGACUCCGCCACCACACAGUCAUCUGACCUGGAGGAUCAGGCCCUGCAACCGGAGGAAGAGUUUUGGCAAGAGGAGGAGAAGCUGUUGGACAGGGAGGCCAGAACCCCCCCAAUCCAGACAGAGGAGGAGUUCCACUUGGAGGAGAGGGAGGAGCGCAUUGAGGAGAGCCGACCCCAAACACCUACAGAGCAAACAGAGAUGUCACCAGAGAGUCCUGCAGUAACAGAGGAGCCCAAAGACCCAGUCGACCCAGCUGUCAGAGCCAAGGAGAACUGGCUUAGGCUUUACAACAAGGUCCUGGAACAGCUUCGGGAGGCUCGAGGAGAGAAUUCCAACUCCCUGUGGUUUGGUAAAGGAGGAAUGGGAGGUGCGCUCUACAGUAUUGACAGCAUGCCUGACCUUCGCAAGAGGAAAGCCAUCCCUCUAGUGAGAGAUCUGGCUAUGUCUCUGGUGCAGAACUCCCGAAAGGCUGGGAUCACCUCUGCCAUGGCCUCCACCACUCUCGGCAAUGAAGAGCUGAAGAGCCAUGUCUAUAAAAAGACCCUGCAGGCUCUGAUUUACCCCAUCUCCUCCACCACACCGCACAAUUUUGAAGUGUGGACAGCCACCACCCCUACCUACUGCUACGAGUGUGAGGGGCUGCUGUGGGGCAUCGCCCGCCAGGGCAUGCGCUGUUCCGAAUGUGGCGUCAAAUGCCACGAGAAGUGCCAAGACCUACUUAACGCUGACUGCCUGCAGAGGGCAGCGGAGAAGAGUUCUAAGCACGGGGCAGAAGACAGGACCCAGAACAUCAUAAUGGUGCUGAAAGACCGCAUGAAGAUCCGAGAGAGGAACAAGCCAGAGAUCUUUGAGCUGAUCCAGGAGGUGUUUGGCCUCGACAAAUCCACGCACGCCACGCACAUGAAACAGAUCAAGCAAAGUGUGCUCGACGGUACCUCCAAAUGGUCGGCGAAGAUCAGCAUAACUGUGGUGUGCGCCCAGGGCCUGCAGGCGAAAGACAAAACAGGCUCCAGUGACCCUUAUGUCACUGUCCAAGUGGGGAAAACCAAGAAGAGGACCAAGACCAUCUAUGGCAAUCUCAACCCCGUUUGGGAAGAAAACUUUCAUUUUGAAUGCCACAACUCCUCGGACCGCAUCAAGGUACGCGUGUGGGAUGAGGACGACGACAUCAAGUCUCGCGUCAAGCAGAGGUUCAAACGGGAGAGCGAUGACUUCCUGGGUCAGACCAUCAUCGAGGUCCGCACACUAAGCGGGGAGAUGGACGUUUGGUACAACCUGGACAAGAGAACUGAUAAGUCCGCUGUGUCGGGGGCCAUUCGGAUGCACAUAAGUGUGGAGAUCAAGGGAGAGGAGACUGUGGCUCCCUACCAUGUCCAGUACACCUGCCUGCACGAGCACCUUUUCCAGUACACUACAGAAGAACAGAAUGGCGGCGUGGUAAAAAUCCCAGAUGCCAAAGGGGAUGAUGCAUGGAAGGUGUAUUUUGAGGAGACAGCUCAGGAAAUAGUGGAUGAAUUCGCCAUGCGUUACGGGGUGGAGUCCAUCUACCAGGCUAUGACCCAUUUUGCCUGCUUGUCAUCUAAGUACAUGUGCCCUGGCGUGCCUGCAGUGAUGAGUACCCUGCUGGCCAACAUCAACGCCUAUUACGCCCACACAACCCAGUCCUCCAACAACGUUUCUGCGUCUGACAGAUUCGCAGCAUCAAACUUUGGCAAGGAGAGGUUUGUGAAACUGCUGGACCAGCUGCACAACUCCCUGCGGAUCGACCUGUCUAUGUACCGGAACAACUUCCCUGCCAGUAGUCCAGAAAGGCUGCAGGACCUCAAGUCUACUGUAGACCUCUUGACUAGCAUCACUUUCUUUAGGAUGAAGGUCCAGGAGUUGCAGAGCCCCCCCAGGGCUAGCCAGGUGGUGAAGGAUUGUGUAAAAGCCUGUCUUAACUCCACCUAUGAGUACAUCUUUAACAACUGCCAUGAUCUCUACAACAGGGAAUACCAGACGGACCCGUCGAAGGCAGUGCCUCCAGACGAGCAGGGCCCCAGCAUCAAGAACCUGGACUUCUGGUCCAAACUCAUCACCCUUAUCGUCUCCAUCAUAGAGGAGGACAAGAACUCCUACACGCCUUGCCUCAACCAGUUUCCCCAGGAACUGAACGUGGGCAAAAUCAGCGCCGAGGUCAUGUGGAAUAUGUUUGCCCAAGACAUGAAAUAUGCUAUGGAGGAGCAUGAGAAGCACCGCCUCUGUAAGAGUGCAGAUUAUAUGAACCUGCACUUCAAAGUGAAGUGGCUCUACAAUGAAUACUGCAAGGAGCUGCCCACUUUCCAGAAGCACGUGCCCGAGUACCCUGCCUGGUUUGAGCCAUUUGUCAUCAUGUGGUUGGACGAGAAUGAGGAGGUGUCCAGAGAUUUUCUCCACGGUGCGCUGGAGAGGGACAAAAAAGACGGGUUCCAGGUCACGUCUGAGCACGCUCUGUUCUCCUGUUCGGUUGUGGACGUGUUCUCUCAGCUCAACCAGAGCUUCGAGAUCAUCCGCAAGCUGGAGUGUCCUGACCCUCAGAUCGUUGGCAACUACAUGAAGAGAUUCGCUAAGACCAUUGGCAACGUCCUGCUGUCUUAUGCCGAUAUCAUAGCCAAGGACUUUCCAAAUCACGUGAACAAGGAGAAAGUGCCAUGUAUCAUCAUCAAUAACAUCCAGCAGCUCAGAGUUCAGUUGGAAAAGAUGUUUGAAGCCAUGGGAGGCAAAGAUUUGAAUGUGGAGGCCAGUGACUUCCUCAAGGAAUUGCAGAAUAAACUCAACAACGUCAUGGACGACCUCAGCCACAUCUUCGCUGUCAGUUUCCAGCCCCAGAUCGAGGACAACGUGAGGCAGAUGGGGGACAUCCUGGCCCAAGUCAAAGGUCAGACUGUCCCUGCCAACGGGAGUGUGGUGCAAGAGGCUGACAAUGUUCUGCAGCCCAUCAUGGAGUUCCUGGACAGCAACCUGUCACUAUUUGCCAAGAUCUGUGAGAAGACAGUGUUGAAGAGAGUACUGAAGGAGCUGUGGAAGCUGGUGAUGAACACCAUGGAGAAAACUGUCGUGCUUCCUACACUUACCGACCAGACGGUGAUUGGCACUCAGAUGAUUUUCAAUGCCGCUAAGGAGCUGGGCCAGCUUUCCAAGCUAAAGGAGCACAUGGGGCGAGAGGAGGCCAAAGCGCUGACUCCAAAACAGUGUGCCGUCAUAGAGCUUGCUCUGGACACUAUCAAGCAAUACUUCCAUGCCGGCGGGGUGGGCCUGAAGAAAACGUUCCUGGAGAAGAGUCCCGACCUGCAGUCUCUGCGCUACGCCCUGUCCCUUUACACCCAGGCCACAGACAAACUCAUCAGGAAGUUUGUCCUCUCACAGAACACUCAGGUCCAUGGAGGGAAAGGAAUCAGGUACACGGCCAAUGAAGACACAUCACCAGAGAAAGCGUCUGGAGUGGAUGCGGUUGGAGAUGUGGUCAUGCAUGUGGACGUCUUACCCCAGCCCAAUGGAGAACACAAGAUCAAUGUGAAAGUUGUGGCUGCUAAUGACCUGAAGUGGAAGGCGCAGGGUUUCCGCCCCUUCGUGGAAGUCUACAUUAUCGGCCCCCACCUCAGCGACAAGAAGAGGAAAUUUGCCACCAAGUCAAAGAACAACAGCUGGUCCCCCAAGUUCAACGAGAGCUUCCAAUACUCCCUGGGCACGGAGGUCGGUCCGGAGAGCUACGAGCUGCAGGUGUGCGUGAAGGACUACUGCUUCGCCAGGGAGGACCGCACGGUGGGCAUGGCCGUGCUGCAGGUGAAGGACAUGGCCAACAGGGGCAGCGUGACCUGCUGGCUCCCGCUGGGCAAACGUGUCCACAUGGACGAGACGGGCCUGACGGUGCUGCGCAUCCUCUCCCAGCGCAACAACGACGACGUGGCGAAGGAGUUCGUCAAGCUCAAGUCGGACCAGCGCUCGGUCGAGGAGGGUCGCAGCUGA